AUGGGGCAUGAAAUCAACGAUAGCGAGUGGUUCUCUCUCAUCACGCAGCUUUCAGAAAACCAUGUUACUAUGCUGAACAGACAGUUUUCCAAUGAAGAGAUAGAGAAGGCGGUCUUUAGCAUGAAAGGAAUGAAAUCCCCGGGACCGAACGACACUCCACCAUCUUUUUUCCACUCAUUGUGGGAUAAGACGAACCAGGAUGUUUGUCAUGCGAUUCAUAGUUUUUUUGCAGGUGGCUACAUGCUAUCGGAGACCGAUAGAACUUUCAUUGCACUCAUCCCGAAAACUGCCAGACCAGAAUCUACGGCUCAGUUCAGACCAAUUGGUCUAUGCAACGCACUAUACAAGAUCAUCUCAAAGACAAUGGUGCUUAGACUGAAAACAAUAGUGUCUGAUAUAGUUGGAGACUUCCAAAAUGCUUUCGUCCAGGGAAGAUUGCUCGUUGAUAAUUGCCUACUUGCUCAUGAGAUGAUGAAUUUUGUGAAAAAAAGAAAGAAAGGAAUAGAGUUUAUGGGCAUACUCAAGAUCGACUUCAACAAGGUGUAUGAUAGGAUCAGAUGGGACUUCGUUGAAAAGAACCGUCAGAAAGUUUCAAGCCCAACUGUGGCCUUCGUCAAGAAGACCCCCUCUCCCGUAUCUCUUCAUUCUAUGUAUGGAGGUCCUGUAAAAAAAAUGAUCGCUUUGCAAGACAGUGGAGAAAUUAAGGGGUUGAAAAUAGGAAGAAGGGCACCUCGGAUCAAUCACUUGUUUUUUGCCGAUGGACCACUAUUUUUCUUCAAAGCAACACCGGACUCUUGCUCGAAGUUGCGGACUGCCCUCGAUGAAUUUGCUACAUUAUCUGGUGAGGUGGUAAGCCUUGAAAACUCGUUUAUUAUUUUUUUUCCUAACACUCCCUCCACCUUUGUUCGCUUCAUGAGGAAACCACUGGGAGUGAAAAAUAGAGCAACAUUGGGAACUUACCUUGGUUGCCCCAUGGACAUUGAUGGGCGCUCUUCAUCGAAGUUUGACUUCUUGUAUGAGAGAAUGGUUAAGAAAACCUCCUCGUGGAAAUUCAAUAACUUAUCUCAAGCGGGAAAGCUUCUGCUCAUAAACAGCAUCAUCAUUGCCCUUUCCUCCCAUGUUCUAGCCACCUAUAUGCUCCCAAAAAAAGAACCUUAUGACAAGCCUCUUCACUCGGUUUUUCUGGAGUUCAUCUCUAGAUAA